GUCAACCAUGACAAGACUGAAACACUGACGUGAAAACAGAAAGUCCAAUUUAUGGCUCGAACAAAACAAAAUUAUAGUAUGAAAUAUGAAGUUACCCUUUUACUCGAUUUUAGGUCCGCUCAUAAGAUCUAAUCAGAAAACCAUAAGGCCAAUAUGUUCCCAUCCGUUGAUGGCGUACUCCCACAUGUACACCGGACUUCUUGGUUUCAUCGGCAUGGUUUUAAGCUUGGUUGAUAUCGUCAGAAUAAUUAAAUGUGGCCCGGUACUGCCAGGUUACAUGUGGAGAAGUCGAAUAAAGAACAGCAAGUUGGCUAAUCCUGAAUUAGAGCGGGAUUUGAAGCUGAUUUUCUUGUCGAUAUCCUUGGAAUACUACAUAUUCCUCAUUUUGGGAUGUCUUACAAGAAACCCCGUUCUGUACAUUCCGUUUCUGGCCCUGUACGGCUUCAUCAUUAUGACGGAAUUCAUAAUUUUUAUGCUCUACUUGUUCAUAAAAUGCGUGAACUUGUCGAAGAUUAACAUGCCCAUGAUAAUGUUCGUGCUUUACAACUGGUUCGCUGUCUUCUGUGCUUUCAAUAGGUUGGUCAGGUAUUGUGACAUGUAAUGCAACUAAAGUGGAUCUAAAAUAAAGUAAUAAGUUGAAAUGUGA